AUGUUCGCCCGUCAAGCUUUCCGCUGCGCCCAGCCUCUGAAGCAGGGCUUCCGUAAAUACUCUACCGAGGCACCCAAGGGCAAGUCGUCGCUGGCUCCCAUCUACGCCGCCGUCGGUAUCACCGGUCUCGGUGUUGGAUUGUACCGCUACAACUCGAGCGCUGCCAUCGCCGAGGCCCCCGUCGAUCGCCCCAAGGUUUUCACCGGUGGUGACCAGGGAUGGGUGGACCUGAAGCUGUCGGAGAUUGAGGUUCUCAGCCACAACACCAAGCGACUGCGCUUUGAGUUCGAGGACAAGGAGGCCGUUUCCGGUCUUCAGGUUGCUUCCGCUCUUCUGGCCAAGUUCAACAAGCCCGGCGAGAAGGCUACUAUUCGUCCUUACACUCCCACCAGCGAUGAGGAGCAACCCGGUUUCCUCGACCUCGUCGUCAAGGUCUACCCCAACGGCGCCAUGUCCGAGCACCUGCACAGCAUGAACGUCGACCAGCGCCUGUCCCUCAAGGGACCCCUCCCCAAGUACCCCUGGGAGGCCAACAAGCACAACCACAUCUGCUUGAUUGCCGGUGGCACGGGUAUCACGCCCAUGUACCAGCUGGCGCGCCAGAUCUUCAAGAACCCCGAGGACAAGACCAAGGUCACUCUGGUGUUCGGCAACGUCACCGAGGACGACAUCCUGCUGAAGAAGGAGCUCCAGGAGCUGGAGAACACCUACCCCCAGCGCUUCAAGGCCUUCUACGUCCUCGACAAGCCCCCUAAGGGCUGGACCGGCGGCGAGGGCUUCAUCAGCAAGGAGCUGCUGAAGACGGUCCUUCCCGAACCCAAGGAGGACAACAUCAAGCUCUUCGUCUGCGGUCCUCCCGGUCUGUACAAGGCUAUUAGCGGAAACAAGGUCAGCCCUAAGGACCAGGGUGAGUUGACCGGUAUCCUGGCCGAGCUUGGAUACAACAAGGACCAGGUCUUCAAGUUCUAG